AAUCACCCUAACCAAACCAAAAAAAUCACAAAAAACAAUGAACAAGAACAACCUUUCCCUCCAUCUUCUUCUUCUCCUCCUCACAAUCUCACUUCCAUCAACCCAAAGUGAUGAUGAUCUAAUAGACCAAAUUUGCAAGAAAACGCCAUUCUACGACCUGUGCACCUCGACCCUGAAAUCAAACGCCGACCCCCAGAACACGGACACCAAAGGCCUGGCCGGCGUGAUGGCCGGCAUUCUCCUAUCGAACGCGACCGACACGUUGAGUUACAUCCGAGGUCAGAUAAGCGAGACGUCGGACCCCCAGAUGGAGAGGGUGUUGGCUUAUUGCGCGGAGCUUUACAUUCCGGUGGUGAAGUACAACUUGCCGCAGGCCAUCGACGCGCUGAGCAAAGGGCGGUUCGAGUUCGCCAGCGACGGGAUAUCGGACGCCGCGAAGCAAGCCGAUGCUUGCGAGAAGAAGUUGUCGGGGCCGCUGAAGCUGUCGCCGUUGAGUGAGAGGAACAGGCUGCUUCACAGCUUGUCUGAUGUGGCUGUCGCCAUUGUUAAGCUGUUGCUCAAAGGGUUGAUCAAAUGAGGACUGUGGGUUUUUAUUUAUAUUUAUUUAUUUAUUGGAACCCUUUGCGUGCUAUCGUUUUCUGGCUGUGAAUCUUCUUUCUUUUUUAAUUCUAUUUGGGUUGGAAGUGUUUGUACUGUGCUUCGAGAGGUCUGGCAGAUAGUUUUAAUUUUCGGCCAUAGAAUUAGCAUCUUUUGUUUCUUGUUUGGCAUAAUAUCAAAAAUAGACCUUCACGUUUAUUAAAA